GACUAAGACAGAUGUUCUAACAUGGCGACCUAGAGAGGUGCAGGGAAUUCCCUCGAUAUAAGUUUGGAGUUUGGACAUUUGACAAGCCGCAUUCUACAAACAGACAGGAGAGUAGCCAGUAGGAUUUAAUUAGCUGAAUUUUCGAUCAUGGUGGAUUCUUAUCAUUAUGUAAGGAGGUUUCCGUGUGCUAAAGUUUGGACAAUGCCAUCUCGCACUGUGUGUUUUGUGUGCGGCAGUGUGGGCGCCGAACUCUCUAUUCAUAUCAAGUCGAGAGACAAAGGACCCUACUUCCCUUUUCUGGAGCACCACGAUCCGCCCAAAGGUUCCCGUCUGCCAGGCCCAGAUGGUCUCGUAGACAGCUGUAGAGUGUGUUAUGCUUUUCUUACUCAGCAAUGGGAAGCGUAUGAGAGAAGCAAAACUCCCGCCAUCAAAAGACUGUAUUGGCUGAAGAGAGCUGACAACGGUCAUUUUACAGGUGCGGAAAUGAAACUGCAAGGGGAGUAUAUGGCACAAGUAAUGGGAUUACAAUAUCAGACAACCAACGACUCUUAUAACCCUUCUUCAUCCCCAGAGAGACCGUCUUACUCUCGGGAUGGUUAUUUAAUUCCAAGCAACCAUCACACCAGGGACCCCCCUCGAAGUCACCACGCUGUUCAUCAAGCACCUGAUGGAGCUCUGGACCUGUCCGUUGGCCCAACUAAAGUAGCAACCGACCUGGCGCGUGCUGGCCACAGCCAACGUCAUGUUGUUAGAGAUUCUUACACCUGCUUUACCUGUGGCAAAGAAAAGCAGAUAUCUCAUUGUAAACUUGCAUCAGCUGUCAGACAGGCAGGCAAUGAGCCGUAUUUUCCAUUUCUAGAAAAGAUCGUCCCACCAAGGGGCGCAUCAUCGAUAAGUAGCCAGGGAUUGGUGCAGUUGUGUGAACAUUGUUUUACAUCCUUAUUUCAACAAUGGCUAACAUAUGAGAGGGCCGGGGUGCCCCCUAGUGCGAGGAUGUAUAGUGUGGGAGAUGAUCACAUCACUACUAAGUCCCAGGGCGUCCGAGAAAUACGGGAAUCUUACGAGAAGGAAAAAACAUCAGAUGCAGAGACAUGCUACCUGUGCGGCCAGUCAUAUCCUAUCAAGUCCAUUAGGCCUCUGUACACGAUUCCAUCCCAAGAAAAUAAACUUGUUAUGUAUUUUCCCUUUAUUAGGGAACUUAGGCGGCCCCAUGGAUCGCGUCCUUUGAACCCUGAUGGAACCGUCCUAGUUUGCCAAAAUUGUCAUCAUAAUCUCCAAAGCCAGUGGUGUCAUUAUGAAGCCAAAAAGAUUCCUUUAAUUCAGAGGAGAUACUCAUUAUUGCCAGUCAGUGGGUCGUACACAGUACCGCUACCUGAUAAACCACAUCAUAGCAAGGACUCGGAGAAGCCUCACCCCAAGCCCCCCUCUGAUGGGUCUGAUGUCACCCAGCCACUCAACAUCCAGAUCAGCAAAAGCCCCCUCCCUUCCUCCCUUCCUGGUAGUGCCCAAGGACUUUUGGCCAUUGCUCAGCCAAUGGUGAAGACCGAGGCCGUGGAGGGGCAGGGUUCAUCAGUGCCGCCUACAAUCCCCAACAGUGUCAACAAUGCAUUGGCUGCCAAGGUUCUCGAGCAUCAUCGUCAGCUCGCCGAAACCAAGCCAUCAUCGUCAUCAGGAGCAUCGAUUCCCCAUCCACUACAACAAGCAACCUCCAUACCGAAGAAGGUAUGUUUUAUCUGUGGCGAAAAAUGUCUGAUUACCAAAGCACGCACUUUAUGCUCAUACCCAAUGCGGCACGAAGCCAAGACACCCAACAGCCAGUCAGCACCAUACUUUCCAUUCUUGGCCAGUCGAGAUCCGGCACCAGGGGCCGAGCUCAACACCGAAGACGGAACCGUGACCGCAUGCUCCUACUGCUUCUGCUCACUCAUUACUCAGUGGAAAGAGUUUGAAGAAUCCAAAGAUCCAGAAGACCACAAGCGCUGGGUGAGGAAAUAUUCAGUGCAGGACUUUGUCUGUUAUGUUUGUGGAACAUCAGUUGCGAGGAAAGCAAUGAGAACACUCGAAGUUCACAAGUUCCCUUUCCUGAAGGAACACAAGGCCCCACCUCACGCCCUGGUGUUCAGCAGCGGGGAAGAGAUUGCUGCGUGUAGCUCGUGUGCCUUCAGUCUACGUCAUCAGUUCGCAGAGAACGAGAGGAUGGGCGUCCCUGACGAUCACCGGAAGUACAACUGGAUUCAGCAGCCUCAUCAGUCGCAGGUCGUGGAGGAGAAUAGCAGCGACUCGCGGGAACAGGUAGAAACCAUGGCAACCUUGGUAGAAGAACUAAACGCAACCUACACCACCCCUCCCCUCACCCCAUGUCUCAGUUGCUGGGAUGCCUCUGUGAGUGAGUUAAGAGGGUACGCAACUUUGGUGAGCUGUGACGAUGACAGUAACACUACAAACCCUGACAGCGUCCGACAAGGAGACGGCCUCCCCCAGGGCUCCAAGCCCCCUCCCCUGAACAUGCUGAGUCCGUCGGGGAGCAAGGUAGCACGCAACACUGCCACGGUCCCCCCUCUCAACCAGGUGUCCCCCAGCAAUGGACUUAACUCUGUCAGUGGCGAUGCUGCUCUCAGUGCCACUAGAACAUCCAGUUUUGCUGCAGCUCUCCGGAAACUUGCUCACCAAGCUAAAGACCCAGAAGACCCUGCCAGCGUCAAGCACACCAGUCCUCCCAGUUCCAACGUCAGUCCCCGAUCAUCCACCCCCAAACGUGCGCCGCCACCCCUUGUAUACGCCUCACAGGCUCAAUCCCUCACCUCUCCCCCGGUGGUGACAAUCGCCCCUACACAAGCACACCCAUCAGUGCUCAAUGAUAGUCGACAGGGCCUGGAGCGAGUGUCAUCUGCCCACAGUACAUCCUCAUCACUCUAUGAGCCGCUCUCAUUGAAACAGGAACGAGACCAGCGCCCUCUGUCUUCACACUCUCGUGACGAUGACCGCUCGUCAAUGAAGGAUGGCCCUCACGGACAGACACCGUCGAGAAUACUGACUCCCCAUUCCACCCCCGGGUCAAGAGAAGAUGGCUUGGUCCGUGGGUUCCAGCCUUAUCGCCAUGGAGAUGAUAUCCGACCUCCUGUCCCCCUUCCAUAUGGAAUGGACCCAGCCACAUACCAGGCAGCAUAUCACCAGGCCUUCAUGCAGCCACAUCCAUACUCUCAUCCAGCAUACAGGCUUGAGGAUCCCCUGAUGCUGGAGCGGUACCGCAUGAUGCAGCCUCCCUAUUUACCCUUCCCCUCCACAGGCUCUGCCCCCGGGGCCAUGAUGCCCCACCCAGGGAUGCACCCUCUCCUCGCUGGCGGGCGCUACCCCCCAGAGUUGCUGCAUCAAUAUCCCUUUCUCUCCCCAAGUGCACCCGGGGUGGACCCCCGAUCCCCAGCCAUGUCAGCAGAGAGAUCAAGAGCUGAGGAAGACCGACAACGAGAACUUGAUCGGGAAAGAGAGCGAGAACGUGAGAGAGAAAGAGAGAAAGAAAGAGAGCGAGAAAGGGAGAAAGAACGAGAGAAAGAGAGAGACAGAGAGGCUGAGAUUCAACGUUUAAGAGAACAACAAAGAGAGAUUGAGCGAGAGCGUCAGAAGAUAUUAGAGCGACACAACGACCUAACCAACAACAGUGUACUGACAGUGCCCAUGCGAGGUCGACAUCAUGACGACAUGCGAGGUCGGCACCAUGACGACGUGCGAGGUCGGCACCAUGACGAUGUGCGAGGUCGGCAUCAUGACGACAUGCGAGCCAGGGACUCAAGGCAAGAAGAAGCUUCCAAGUUUGGCUCCAUCACACAAGGCACUCCGCGCGAUCCAGGCUGCAGGGCUUCCUCCGAGUCCGGCUACAGCAAGGAUGCUCGAUGGCAGGACGCGGCAGGAGCACGCAGGGAGCACGACCGCAAUCACUACCACCAUCAUAAGCCCCCCGAUCCCCCCUCCGCACGCCACUACAACGCAAGCAUGGGUGACGCUGGGCGGAGGUAUAUGGUGGACCACUCAGAGUCGGACCAUGGGCGUGGUCCCGUGGGGAUGGAUCGAGGUCAGCCUCCACCACUUGUGUCACCACGGGGUCAAGGUGAUGCAAGUCGAGGGGAAAAACCAACUGACGGUGCCAUCUUCCGACCAUUUGAGAAACCUGCUCCUGAUUCCCAGUAUUCCCAAUAUUCACAACCCCUUCAAAGCUCAAAAUCAGCCGACUUGUCAGUGCCAUCCUAUAGACGAUCUCACGAUCGGGAGGCGAAUGGGGACGUGAGAGAGAGGUUUCCUGAGUCAGUGGAACGUAGAGACAAUUCAGUGGCUGAUGGUUACGAUCAUCACCAGCUCAAGAAGCCAAUCAGUAGGACUCACAGUAAUCAUAAUAUUGAACGGUUUGACUUCAAGAGUUUGGCGACAGAGUUUGGACACCUUCCAAAACCAGAGUCGCAAAGUGUGGACAGUCGGGUGCUGAUACCGUUCUCAGACGCAACCUAUGUGCAGAAACAGUGUGUUGAGAACCACGUGCGGAGUAAGCUGGAUAUAGAAGAGCAGAAACUGCGGGACUCGCGCCUCAAUGGCACCUACUGCAGCGACAGUGAGGACGAUGGUUUGUCCGACGACGACGAGCGUCGACUACAGCAGCUCAUGUUCAUCACCAAAGUCCCGCCGCUCAAGUUUGAAGCAUCGCCACCUAAAAUGAAACUGCUGGGAGAACUUGGACUUGUUACACUUAGGAAAAAGAAAGACAUUCAGUAUGAACGUCUUCGAAAACGUCGGAAACUGCACCGCGAGCGCAGUAUCAGCCCCGUGGAGGUUGAGGAGGAGAACUGCUCUCCCUUGCCACUCCCGAGUCUGGCCGAGUCCGACGCCUUGUGUCAUGACAACGACUACCCAGACAAGUGCCAGUUCCUGCACAACAUGGAUCUCGGCCCCCUCGGUCGAGACAGAAAGAAAGAGUUGGACCAGAUCAGAACGUUUUGUGAGCAGGAGAAACAGAGGAGGCUCGGAGUCCUGGAGGAAAACAACCGUGUUCUGAUGAAUGGCGACAUUUUACCAGUUUCAGAAACUUCAGGUUGUGGCGUGAAACGGAAAUUUGAUGAAAUGGAAAAUAUGUCCUCCCAAUCAGAACCCAUGAAAAUUUCUCUAAGUCAGUUGCAAGCUCGUCACCAGAAACACGGAAAACCAGCCAACCAUGUCAAGUCGAGUGCGGUAGUGUUUCCAGAGUCACGCGAUCGCCAGCUCAGUAGGGAGUUUGCGGAACAGUUUCAUGAAUCUGUUCUCCAAACAACAAGACAAAAAGAAAUAGCAAGUCGUUUAGGGGGCAGAGGGCAGGAGGAGUCCUUCAGCUCGAGACCUACAGACCAAUCACAAGGUCCAACACAACUACGCUUCAAUGCAUCAGGUGAAUCUAGUGGUUCUACACGUGAAACAGACAUCUCGGACUACGGAGCCAAUCCAGGGUUCCGCUGGCCGGGUAUUGAAGCCAUAAUAGACUCCUAUCAAAGAUAUGUAGAAGAGCAGCGCUUGGAGCGCCAUAUACUGACCGAGCGAUGCCGUCGACUUCGAGCUGACAACAUGGACCUGAACCGAACUGCCGAGAGACUCAGCCAUAGAGUAUCGGGUCUGCUGGAUGCUAAGCAGCGUGGGGAGGGGGAGCGAGUCCAGGCUCAGAGUGCAAUAGACAACAUGAAGAGGUGUCUCAAGUACCUCAGGUGAUGCUGGCGUCAGCGGCGACGCACGCCUCUGUCAUUGUCAGCAUCGUGACAACAGCGUCAAAUACUACUCAAUUUCUACGGGAUCAAAUUCAGCAAUGUUCAUAUCUUUCUCAUCAGUCACUCUCUUUCAUCGUCAUGGAAACUAACUCCACGCUGAUGGCAGCAAUGGAUAAAUACUCAGUUACCAUGGCAUUGCCAUGUCUGCUUGUUCAUCACAGCAACUGUUGUUACUGACGUAAAUGUGGAAGUUGCGACAUAUCACAGCUGGAAGUGUUCUUGAACAGCAGGAGGGAGACUGUGUACAGGUCUGUGACAACUAUGGCAUCAUCGUGUGUGUCUGGGUGACACAUAUGACAUCAUCGACAUAUCUGUGAUUCCCCGCGGCCUUACGGCACCAUGUGAUAGUUGAGCUGUCUCAGUUCAUGUCCUAGCAGAGUUCUGUCCCUUUCAGUGAUGACUUGCACAAACACACACCGCCUUAUUCUCAGACAGUGACUAUUGCUACACACCUGUUCAGAUUAUAGGAAGUAAAAAUAAGUUGAUUCAUGAAAUAAUUUAUUUAUGAGUUCACCCCCAGUGUAAAUCAUGUUUGUGUCUUUACAAAUUAAUUCAAGAAACGAAGAAAAUAUGGACUAUUGUGAUUGGAAACCUUGUUUGAUUAGGCUACGAUAGAUAACAUGUGACCAUGUUGUCAGGUAACAUGUGACUUUCGUGGGUCAUUUCUGUGACUGGAAGAGCACAUGUGCAAGCACCUUUAAUCCUGGUUAGUUGUGAGUAAGUCUUGAAGCUGAUGAAUGUCCCAGCCAGACACAUGGAGGUGUACACACUGCUGGAGAAAUGGGAUGAGCUGAUACUGAGUAAUGACAACGUAAACAUAGUGGGGGUAUUUUCUGUUUAUUUAUUUACAAUGAGUUUACCAGCUUUUCGGGAGAUGUACAACAUGCAAUAGUAUUAUUGGUUAUUCCGAGCAAUAUGUGAAGAAAAGUAUUGCAGGAGCUGCAGCAAGUAGCCAUGAUGUAGUGGAACGUUACAUCCCGAGGUAUUGAAACAUUAAACACAGAGUCAUUGAAAGUUUCUCCAAGUAAUUGAAAAACACUUUCUUGUUGUCUUAUUUAUAUAUUGAAAAAGAUGCUGAGGUUUUUUUUAUGAAAUUUGUUUCUUGAAAUAUUUGUGCAAUAUAUUAUUUUUGAGUCAAAUUUAGUCUCCAUGUAGAAUUUCAAAUGUUAUUCAAAUGUUACCAGAUAUUCAUUUUUGAACAUUAACUUGAUUCCCUGUACAAGUUCUACAAGUUGCUGAUGGGCGUGUCCAUGCAUAACCCAUUACAUGUGGAGGAAUGGGAAACUGGGAUUCUGAAGCUUGAAUGUGUGGACAUCUGUGGCGCAGCACCAGGCUGCGGCGUUGUUUAUUUAUGAUUCUGUGUAGUAGACAGUAGCGAUGUGUGGCGAGUCACUCCUGACAUCCAUGUAUGUUUCCUAAUUGUUUCUACAACGUGUUGAUGUGUAGUCUGUAGGCCACAUUCCUGUCACAUUUCCUGGAAAAAAAGCAUUAAAAACUAUCCUUCUAAUGUA